GAGAACCAGGGUUUAGGGUUUUUAGUAUGUCUUUAGACUUCACCACCUCACAUGGGUUUUGAGUUGAAUCUGCAUACGUGAACUCGACGUGAAAAUACGUGAAAAUAAAUUAGUCGUAGCAUCAAUCGCUGUUUGAACGACUGCGAUUUGUUGAACAUCUGCAAUUUGCCAGACAUUUGCUACAGGCGAGGAGACGAUGUAGAGAUUGGGAUCGCCCUAAAGAUCGGGGAAGCGAAACUGCCCUGCCUGUGUUGACAUUCCGGAGACAUGGCCGAACCAGGAGAUAAUGCCGAUGUUUUACCCUCUCAUACUGCGUUGUAUUUAGAACCCACAUACUGGAAUGAUCGUUUUGCCAGAGAGGAGCACUACGAGUGGUUCAAGGACUACUCGCAUUUUAGGCACCUUAUUCUUGCAAAUGUAAAGCCCACCGAUCGGGUACUCGAAGUAGGAUGCGGAAACUCGCAAAUGGGUGUUGAGAUGUUCAAAGAUGGCAUAUGUCAGAUUACGCGCACAGAUCUUUCCCCUGUUGCUGUCAAGCACAUGCAAGAAAGAUCUGCUGCUCUUGGUUUUGAAGGAAUUCGACAUGAAGUUGCGGACAUGUUAGAUUUACCUUUUGAAGAUGGUUCUUUUGACGUUGUGAUCGAGAAAGGGACUUUGGAUGUUCUGUUUAUAGACAGCGGUGACCCUUGGAAUCCUUCGGAAGACGUGGUCAAACGAGUGACAAAAAUGUUGCAAGAAACUCACAGAGUUCUCACCCCUGGUGGCUUAUUCAUAUCUAUCGCAUUUGGUCAGCCACACUUUAGGCGACCCCAUUUCGAAGCCGAGGGUCUGAGUUGGUCUAUGAAGUGGGCCACCUUCGGAGAUUCCUUUCACUACUUCUUUUAUACACUCCGAAAGGGUACGAAAGAGAUCAACCAAGGGCCAACGUCCUCUAUCCAUACGGGAGGGAAAUUUACUUUUGAUCUGGAUCAUGAGUUUAUGGACAACGAGGAUUUUCUGCUGCGCUCAAGUAUCGGAGAUGAUGAUUAAGAUGUCUAGUUAGAGAGGUUUAAAAUGCAAGCGAUUUAGCGUCAGCUACUGAGAUCAACAUAUUCAAGUGUCAUGAUUGUGUUACCAAGUCUUGCAUAUGGCCUUCGCUAGGAAGGCAGACUCUAGUCUUCACUCAAGAGGAGGUGAAUCAUUUCUAAUCUUUUACUGUUCAAAGUAAGCGAUCAGAUACAAGUAUCCAGGUUGUAACGGUUGUCACCUUGUCAAGAGGUCUCUUAAGAUUGACGAACCUCUAAGCUUUACAUGUCUGAACAUUGUCCUGCAUGUAGUUCGAAGGGUGAUGCUCAGCUCAGCUCAGCUCAGCUCAUAAGAGGACAUGCAUGCAAUUUGAGUCGCAUGGAGCCCAGGUUUUUUUGUUCAAGGGAGACGCAUUUCUGAUAUACGUCUUGCCACUGGGACUAAACAAUGAUAACCAACAGACGGAGCUAAACUUGCAUUGAA